AUUUUCUUGGAGACUUAUCUUUAAGCAGACAAUAAGACAACCUUACCUUAGCCUUAAAUUUAUACGUAGAAUACAUAACGGAAUUAUUGACUGGAUUUCCUAAUCAUGAUAUUAACUUUUGUUAUAAUUAGCAGGUCAGCAAUGCCAUAAUCUGACUAUACUGUCUCUACUGUUCCGGGAUAUAUACACAAAGAAAAGUCUCAACAUCUUCACACCCUUAUAAAAAACCAUUAAGCAUGUCUUGCACUUAAGUAAUAGUUUACAGCGUAUUUCUAUAUCAAUAGUCAUAUAAUUUUGGAGUAAAACGUGCAAUCAUCUCCCAUAUUUACAUGUGCCUUGUGUCUAUUUUUUUUUUACAUGUAAUUGUGAGUAAGUUUUGUCAGUUUGAAGCAAUUGACCCCAUCAUCUUCAAAGGUAGAGGCUUUUGUAAUACCCAAGAGACAGUGAGUGGGGGUAACUGCCUGCAGCCUGCAAGAGUUGGUGUUUGGAGUCACUUCUUGAGAAAUCCAUGAACAUGGUUGCUACCAAGCUCUUUAUAUUCUUAAUUAUUGCGAUGGGUUGCUUCAGAUUACUCAGAUUUACCGAGUCGAAGGUCGUUCAAGAAGAAGUUGAUGCUCUCCAAGAAAUCGCAAGUACACUCGGUUCAACAUAUUGGAAGUUCAAUGCUGAUACUUGCGAACUUGAAAUGGUUGGGUUAACAGUAGAGCCGCCAAAGAAUUCUGAGCACAGCAUAGUUUGUGAAUGCCCUGAUGAGAACAACACUGAUUGUCAUGUUGUAAAAGUAAUGCUCAAGUUUUAUAGUCUUCCUGGAAUGCUUCCACCUCAAUUGGUUAAGCUUCCUUAUCUGAAGGAAAUCGAUUUGGCUUACAACUAUCUUAAUGGUACAAUACCUCGCGAGUGGGCCUCCAUGCAGUUGAAUGUUAUCUCUCUUCUUGUAAAUCGCUUAUCAGGGGAAAUUCCAAGGGUGUUGGGGAAUAUUACUACUCUUACAUACCUGUGUCUUGAAGCAAACCAAUUUUCUGGCAAUAUUCCUUCUGAGCUAGGGAGAUUAAAUAACUUGCAGACUUUGAUGCUUUCAUCCAAUCGAUUGACCGGAAAGUUACCGGCCUCAUUAUCCAAUCUAGUAAAUCUAACAGAUUUUAGGAUACGUGAUAACAACUUUGAGGGAACAAUACCUAAUUUCUUACAGAAUUGGAAACAGCUAAACAGAUUAGAAAUGGAGGCAAGUGGACUUGAGGGACCUAUUCCAUCAAACAUUUCUCUUUUGAAUCAGAUAGGUGAAUUGAGGAUUACCGACAUUAAAGGGCCAAUUCAGGGUUUCCCCACGCUUGAAAACAUGACUGGCAUAAAAAGAUUGGUGUUAAGGAACUGUAACAUCUCAGGAGAGAUUCCUACUUACAUUUGGACAAUGAAAAAUCUGGUACUAUUGGAUGUCAGUUUCAACAAGUUAGUUGGGAAGAUUCCAUCUAGCAUAAGUGCAGCGGAUUUGAGAUUCGUAUUUUUAAGUGACAACUUGCUGAGUGGGGAUAUACCGGAAGCUAUCUUGAAGGAAAAAAGUAAUGUAGAUCUCUCAUAUAAUAACUUAACAUGGCAAGGUCCUCAGCACUCAGCUUGUCGGCAAAACAUGAAUCUGAACCUGAACUUAUUUCGAAGUUCUUCGGUGGAGAAAAACUCAAUGCAAGCUCUUCCAUGCCUGGAAACUUUCAAGUGUCCACGGUAUUCAAACUGUUUGCAUAUUAAUUGUGGUGGAAAGGAUGCAACUGUAAAGGAAAGUGGAAAAAACUUAUUCUAUGAAGGAGAUGGGCAAGUUGAAGGUGGUACAGCAAAAUAUUAUAUUAAUGACAAAACUUACUGGGGAUUUAGUAGCAUGGGAGACUUCAUGGAUGAUGACGAUUACCAAAAUACCCGCUAUACUGUAUUUCUGCAAUCCGCAAACAUCUCUGAAUUGUAUUUAACGGCUCGCAUAGCACCGAUUUCGCUAUCAUAUUUUCAUUAUUGUUUGGAAAACGGGAACUACACAGUAAAUCUCCACUUUGCAGAGAUAAGAUUCACUAAUGACAAAACAUAUAGCAGCCUUGGAAGGCGCGUCUUUGAUGUUUAUGUUCAGGAAAAGUUAGAGCUGAAGAAUUUCAAUAUAGAAGAUGAGGCAAGUGGUGCUCAAAAGCCUUUAGUAAAACGAAUAUCAAAUGUCCGUGUGACAAACAAUAUAUUAGAGAUCCGAUUCCAUUGGGCUGGCAAAGGCACAACGAGGAUUCCUGUUAGAGGGGUUUAUGGUCCCAUGAUAUCAGCCAUUUCUGUGGUUUCUGCUGCUUCUGCAAUCCAUUUAGAGCAAUUUUCUUGUAUCUACUCGGGCAGACUCAGACUGAUGUUCUUCUAUGCAGAACUUUUAUUUUCUGCUCUGACACAUUUUAAAGCUUGUUCAAACACCAAAAGCAAGGGAAGUCCUCUGUACAUCAUCAUAGGAGUUGGAGCAGCAUGCUUUGUCUUUAUUGUACUGGGAAUUCUUCAGUGGAAUGGCCGUUUACAAGGGCAAUGGAAGAAAAGAAAAGAAAGGUCAGAAUUGCCAACUGGGACUUUUACCUUGAAACAAAUCAGAGCUGCUACUAAUGACUUCGAUUCUUCAAACAAGAUUGGAGAAGGUGGUUUCGGCCCUGUUUACAAGGGUCUUAUGCUUGAUGGUACAGUUGUAGCAGUGAAGCAGCUCUCAUCUAAAUCACGGCAAGGAAAUCGAGAGUUUUUGAAUGAGAUAGGCAUCAUUUCCUGUUUGCAACACCCAAAUCUGGUGAAACUUCAUGGAUUUUGCGUCGAAGGGGAUCAAUUAUUGCUGGUUUACGAGUACAUGGAAAAUAAUAGCCUUUUCCGAGCUUUGUUUGGUCCUAACGAACAACUUCAACUGGACUGGCCUACAAGGCUAAAGAUAUGUAUCGGGAUAGCCAAAGGACUUGCUUUUCUCCAUGAAGAAUCAAGACUCAAAAUUGUUCACAGAGACAUCAAAGCUACAAAUGUGCUGUUGGAUAGGGACUUGAAUCCUAAAAUAUCUGAUUUUGGAUUGGCUAGGCUUGAUGAAGAUGAGAAGACCCAUAUUAGCACACGAGUUGCUGGAACUAUAGGAUAUAUGGCACCAGAAUAUGCGUUAUGGGGUCACCUGACCCAGAAAGCAGACGUCUACAGUUUUGGAGUCUUGGCAUUGGAAAUUGUUACUGGAAAGAGCAACAACAAUUUCCUUCCAACUGAAAAUUUUGUUUGUAUUUUGGACUGGGCCUGCCAUUUGCAGCAAGGUGGAAAUCUUUUGGAGCUUGUGGAUGAGAAAUUGAGGUCAGAGGUGAACAAAGAAGAAGCUCAUAUCAUGGUUAAAGUAGCACUCUUGUGCACGAAUGCAUCAUCGAAAAUGAGACCUACAAUGUCAGAGGUUGUAAGCAUGCUUGAAGGAGAAAUGCCUGUCCCAGAUAUGAUUCCAGAUCCAAAAAAUUACAUGGAAGAUUUGAGGUUAAAGACGAUGAGGGACCUACGACAACAGAGGCCACAUGAAAGUUCAAGCGGUAGCCAAACACAAAAUUCAACCACAAUUAACACAUCUGGCUCUACAUCUACAUUUGAUCAAGACUUUUACGAGAUCAACCCGACAUCAAGACCUGGAUCUCUGAUUGGUGGUGGUGAUGGUUUUCCUUGAGAAUUCUUUUCAUUUGCCAUACCAAAUUUUGGCUGUUUUUGUUAAAUUUGAAGCCGCCGUAUUUUUUUGAAUGGGUGCACUGAGAUUGUGUGCAUAUCAAGGCACACAUUUUCAUGGGUUGGUGGGAGUAGCAAGGGUUUAGCUUUGUACAGAAAGAAAAAGUUUGGUAAACUCUCGUGCAUAAGUCUCCUGUAAUAGGUGUGGAGUGGGGGACAGACGGUAUCUUCACUGCAAGAGUUUCCAUGGAAAAUGGCCCAAAUAAUCCAUUCAAACACUGUAAAUGACCAUUCAACCGCUCAAUAAUGUUGUUAGUGAUGUUAUUUUCAAUACUGUAACUUGGUUUUUUCUGUC